AUGCUGCACCUUGCGGCCGAAACGGCCGAAGCCGCGCUGCUUCAGCUCGCGCCGCGCCGCGCCGUCCUGGUAGUCGUCGGCCGGGUCCACCGCCGAGCUGCCGCCGCUCAGGAUCUUGCCGCUCGGCUCGUUGCCAAACGUCCGCAGCAGCAGCAGAUUGGCGAAGCUGGCGAGGAUGCUCACGGCCAGGAUGCCGAUCAUGACGUAGUUGCUCAUGCGGUACUGGUGCGGGCCCUUCCUGGCGUCGGCCGGCCAGCCCGUGUACAGCGCGUACGUCGUCGUCACGCUGCCGAGGUUGCCCAGGCCCGAGACCAGCGCCGAGGCGGACGCGACGCCGACCUCGCCGUGCCGGCGCUGGAAGAUCUCGUUGGUCCAGGUCAUGCAGAUGGGCACGGUGGGGCCGAGCCCGAAGCCCACCAUCAGCAGGCCGCCGUAGCGGGCCCAGGGGUUCGACAGCGCGAACGAGACGGUCAGCAGGCCCGCGAUCUGGACGCAGACGGCGGCCGAGAAGAAGUGCGGCCGGUAGCGGUGGAAGCGGUCCGAGAUGGGCGUCACGAUGACGAUGGCGAUCAGGUCCAUGAUCCAGAUGGGCGCCGACAGCAGGCUGAGCUGGAUGCCCGUGAAGGUCGGGUCGAUGGACUGGAUGAUGAUGGUGCAGUAGAGCUGCGUGCCGAUGCCCACGCCCACGACGCCAAAGUACAUCAGCACGAGCGGCCACAGCCGCCAGUCGAUCAGCACGUAGCCCAGGUCGCGCAGGUUCCACGGCCGCGGGUGGUACACGCGCCGCAUCUCCUGGUAGUGCACGGCCGCGUCCUCGCCCUCGAGCGCCUCCGGGCUGGCGGGCAGCCACCGGAGCCACCGGCUGCGCGGGCGCGUCUGCCCGGGCGCCAGGGGCCGGUCGGGCAGCCACCAGAGCAGGGCGAUGCCGAGGACGACGCCGAGCAGGCCGUAGAUGAGGAACAUCCACUGGAAGCCCGCCAGGCCCUGCAGCCCGUCCAUCUUCUGGAAGCCGGCCGACACGAGGCCCACGACGGCGGCCGAGACCUGCGAGGCCGUGAAGUAGUAGCCGAUGCGCUGGCCCGUGCGGGACGGCGGGUAGAAGAGGGUCAGGUAGUACGACAUGCCGGGCCACAUGCCGGCGAUGACGACGCCCAGCAGGAAGCGCAGGAACUUGAGGCUCCAGGCGGCCUUGACGGCGGUGAAGCACAUGCCGAUGACGCCGACGGCGAAGACGAUGCGGGCCAUCCAGACGCGCGGGCUGAGGCGGCUCAUGAUGAGGUUGGAGGGGAAGUCAAAGAGCACGUACGAGACGUAGAAGAGCGACAGGGCCGUCGAGGUGUCCUGGGGCGACAGGUGCAGCACCGACAUGAGGUCGUGCUUGACGUUGGCGUUCAUGGUCUGCGCGAUGCCGAUGUUGGACCGGAUGGCCGAGCAGAGGAAGUACAGCACCCAGAACGCCGGGAUGAUGCGCAGGUCGAGCUUCCUGUAGACCUGCUCGACCCGCUCGUCGUCAAAGUCGUCCUCCGGGUUGACGCCGCCCUCCUCCUGUCGCGCCAGGCUGUCGCCUGUACCGCCGCUGUGCACCUCGGCGGCAUGCUUACUGUCGCCGCCCGCCGGCAGCUCCUCGGUGGAUCUAGAGGCCAUACUGUGACCGAGAAGCAAUGGGAGCGCGUGCUGCCAGUCUCUUCAGGCACUGCUGCUCGGAUAUAUGUUUGA